AUGCCGAUAUCAACUACAGUCGAAGACAUCUGGAAAACAAUCCUCCCGCUAUCGGAACUCCCCAAAACGCGUAAAUUAGAUACAUUGGGGGCGCCAAAUAAUGAACCUGGUUCUUUAUUUCCGCCUGAGAACGCGAAAUUGACGCGUCGCGUUCAACAAGAGAUUGCAUUACAGGCGACUGAGAAGUUGACAGAGCGUGUGGAGUCUCUGAUUGAAGCUGUGGAGCAAUCAAACGUUAUUCAAAGACAGAGAACGGCCAAGCUAGACGAGCUCAUCGAGAAGGCUGUUGAACAAAGUACCUUGGUAGCCAAUAGAGUUCAAGAAAGAAUCAUGGAAGCUGCAGGUCAACCCGCGCAAGCAUCCGUACUGCAAGAGGUAUUCGAGUGUCAACUUUCCAUGCUUCGCGUGAUAGAGGAAAUGCAAAAACACACAAUGUCGAUUCCUGUGGAGCAAGCGAACCUUCAGGCUUCCCUAAUCGCGGUUAUGGCUCAGAUGCAGCAAAUCUCGUUUCAGAUCACGUCCCUUAGAGAGGAGGUUUCCCUCGGAUGGAAGGAGUAUAGGGCCAAACUUGGAGAGCUGACGAGGACGGUCAAACGAAAUCGUGACGGAAAUGAUAUACCCUCCCCAAAGCGAAAGAAGUCCCUUUAUGACAGACCUAAAUCACUCAAGUUUCAUCCGCGACAGACAGCGACCCCUCCUGACGUUGGGGAAAUGGUCUUUGGGGCACAUUCUACGUCCGUUGAGACACAAAGGUCUCCACUGCACAGGGAAGGGAAGGGCAUUUCGUUGGAAGGGUAUUCUCCAGUGGCGGCGAGCAUCAAAAAGGGACCAACGAAGCGACUUGUCGCGCCAUUUGACCCACGGCGAACCAAGGAAUGUUCCCUCCAUCUCGAAUAUUAUCAUACUCAUAUUACCCAGGCCCAGAGACUGGCGACACUUCUCGGUGAGACUGAAUCUACUGAGCCAGGCGACCUGUUCUCCGAGCUCGCAAAUGUAUGA